AUGGCUUCAAUAUCAUUUUCCUUUAUAUUUGAAAAUCAUCUAAACUUGUUUUGGUUGGGUUUAUUUUAUUUCAUUUUGAUUCACUCUGUGGAACAAGUGAAUGGUUAAACCUUGAUUUAUAACACUUAAUUCGCAUCACAAGAUGGUAGAUAUAAAUCGUAAAUUAGAUUGGAUGCUAUUUUAGGAAGCUAUAUUAUUUGAUGAUGUUUAAGUUGUUGAAUGUUUAAAUAUUAACAUCUUUGGUGGAGAUUCAAAUAAGGUGAUAUUUAAAACAUUUUUUCUUCCUCCUCACUUUGCUUUUCAAAUAGUCUUUCUAAUUUUCUAUUCUUGUACAACAGAUUUUAGUAUUACAUUAUAUGUUGAUAAUUAAUCAAUUGAUAAAACUUAUUAAACCACUAUCCAAUAAAUAUGUAAUGCUAUUAGUUUAGGGGUAACUCAAUAGUCUUUUUCUUAUACUAAUUAACAUUAUAGCCAAACGCUCUAAAUUUAAAUUAUUUAAAAUUCUGAUACAAAUACUUAAUUUUGGGGUAUUAGUGAUUUUGCACUUUCCAUCUAUCAAUGUCCUCAAUAAUGUGAUUCUUGUAAUGAAAAUGGGUAAUGUGAUAAAUGGACAUAAAUUAGUAAUUAUUUUGGUGAGGAUAAUAUAUUGUAAUUUGAAGGUUGGCAAAAAAAUAAUUAACCUUCUGAAGGAAUCUAUAGAUGUGGAAGUAAAGUCUAAUUUAUAUUUAUUUAGAUUUCUAAAUUUAUGGGCCUAUUUUUGGUGAAGAUUAGGUUUAAUUUAAUUCAAUUAUUUCUAAAGUUCAUUCAGAAAUUAGAAUAAGAUUUAAAUUAAUAGCAAUUCAACUUUAGGAUUCUAACCAAUUAUUGAAAGUAAAUGUUAACAAUUAAGAACAAAUAUAUUCUAAUAAUUAAAUAUUAAUUGACAAGAAUUUGAUUUGUGGAUAAUAACAAACAAUUCUAACUAUUGAUGGGAUCUUUCCACAUAAUAUUCCUAAUUUAUUAAUUUCUAUAUAUAUAAAUACUUCUGAUACGUAUCCUUAUUUUGGAAUCAGAGAUUUUGAGAUAUUUGCAGAUGUAGAAAAAAUAAAAGAAGAACUAUGUAAUGAUCAGAACAUUUAUGCAUUUGAUGGUUGUUUUAAUUUACAAUUUGAUUGUAUUGAAGGAUGUAGUAAUUGUUUAAAAGGUAAAUGUUUGGAAUGUUAUUGGUAAUAUGAUCACUAAAAUUAUAAUUGUAUACCAAUUUGUGGUGAUAAUAUAAUGGUUGGAUUUGAAGAAUGUGAUGAUUCUAAUUAAAUUCCUUAUGAUGGUUGUUAUUAAUGUUAAUUCUCUUGUCCUCUAAAUUGUUUAUAAUGUAAAUUUGGUAAAUGUUAAAUUUGCAAUCCUGCAUAUUUAUUAGUAAAUAAUAUUUGCAUCCCUAAUUUUCUAGAUUUAAUAAAUAAUGAUUAAUUAAUAGAAUCUUAAUCUACAAAUUAUAAUUGUUAAUUAGAAUUUGGGAAUAAAUAAUGUAUAAAAUGUUUACCAGGUUUUAUUUUGUUAAAUUUUGAAUGUUUUCCAGAAUUAUGUCAUAUUGAAGAUUGUUAAUUAUUAUCAGAACCUUAAUCAAUUGAAAUUUGUGGAGAUGGUAUUAUUUAAGGUCUAGAAAAAUGUGAUGAUGCAAAUACAAUUCCAUUUGAUGGAUGUUUUGAAUGUUAAUAUUAAUGUUAAAAGAAUUGCAUUAAUUGUGAAAAUGGAAAAUGUUUAUUAUCAGAAUCAGAUAUAUCAGAUGAAAUAGUAUUAUUAGAUUGUGAUUAUGGAUAUUAUUUGAUUGAUCAAAAAUGCUCAUCUAUUUGUGGUGAUUAAAUUAUUGCAUCAGAUGAAAAAUGUGAUGAUGAUAAUAAUGAACCUUAUGAUGGUUGUUUUAAAUGCUAAUAUUCAUGUUCAUUUUAUUGUAAUAAUUGUAUUGAUGGAUUUUGUAUAAGUUGUGAUGUUGGAUAUUAAUUAAAAAAUAAUAGAUGUUAAGAUUAAUGUGGAGAUGGAAUACAGUCAUUUAAUGAAGAGUGUGAUGAUGGAAAUACAUCCACUUUAGAUGGAUGCUCAGAAAAAUGUUAAAUUGACAAUUUAUGGAAUUGUAUUACAGAUUUGUAAUAAAGAAGUGUAUGCUUUUAAUUUGAUAAUCCAAUUUUCAAAUUAUAAUUUUUAAAUGUAACCUUUAAUAAAUAAUUUAUUUUGAUGACAUCCUCUCAACAUAUUAAAUUAAAAUAAAAUUAUGAAAACUUAACAUAAAAUCUAAAAACCUAAAUUAUUGAUAUAUAAAAUUAAAAUUACAUAAUUUCUAUGAAUUUUGAAAAUGAACCAACUUUUGAAAAAUUCUAAGAUAUUUAAUAUUUGUUUACUAUUGAACUUCUUAAGUAAUUGGAAGUUGAUCUAAUUUUCUAAAUUUCCUUUAACAUUUCAUUAGUUAAUAAUUAUGAUUUAGAUAUUUUGAAUAAAGAACUUAAAUUAAAAUUAAAGAAUCCAAUUGUAUUAAAUCAAUAAUAAAAGGAAGUUUCUUAAAAAGCAAGGCAAUUUAACAUAAUGUUGCUUAUAAUUAUUGGUGUAUCAAGUAUUAUAAUAUUAUUAUCUGGUAACCCAUCAGAUUGUUUUGAAGUACUUGAUGCCUUGUAAUAUUAAGCAUAUCUUAGAUUUAUUAACAUAGUUUUUCCAGAAAAUGUUUUUAUAUAUUUUGAAUCUUCUGAAAUGA